AUCUUUCUCCACAUAAACCGCUAGGGGAAAAAAAUCAAACCCUUUUGACGCUUUUUCUCUCUAGCUCCAGCUAGCUGGCCAUGGAUUCCAAGUUGGUUCUCGCCCUGGUUCUCUUCUCUUCGUCGGUGCUCCGAGUUUUCUCUGAUGGGAACGCUGAUCAGGCGGCCAUUGCCGCAAACCUCAGUAAGAGCCUCGAAGGGAUCCUUGUUCAAGCCAGUCCCGGAGGAGAAAACAGCACUGCCGGCGGUAUGGUACCAUGCAUGCAGAAACUGAUGCCAUGUGAGCCCUACCUGCACUUCACUUCGCCGCCGCCCUCAACCUGCUGCCUGCCUUUGAAGGAGAUGCUGUCCAAGGAAUCGGAGUGCCUCUGCAAAGUGUUUACCAAUCCUGAGUUGUUGAAGUCUCUCAAUCUCACCCAAGAAAGUGCCUUGGCACUUCCCAAGGCUUGCGGCGCCAAAGCAGAUGUCUCUGUUUGCAAGAAUGCCUCGCCGGGCGGUUCAUCGGCAACACCUUCCCCUGCCACCCCCACCAACGGUUCUUCGUCAGGCAACUCCACCACCGGCGGUUCAGGCAAAAAGAGUGCAGGUUCAAGGAUGGUUGCUCAUGCUUGGGGGUUUUUAGUUACUUCGUUUGUGGCCUUGAUUAUUUCAGCAUUUUAUUAAUUAAUUAGGUUACUUUCGUGUGGAUUUUUUAGUCAUAGAAUUCAUGUUCUUUUUUCAUUUCAAUUUAGGAGGACCAAAGUGAUGGCAUCGUAUUUGAAGAUUUUUGGUUCCUUAUGUUAAUGACAACUUUUUUUUGCGAGUAACAAGUAUUAUUUAAUAAAAAUCGAAGAAAUCA